AUGUACGAGCACACUGCGCAUCAAGCGCGCGGUAUCGCCGACUUCGACCUAUUCCCGUACACUCCUUCCGCACCGGCAGCAUGGACAUUCGUAGUUCUCUUCGGUAUCGCAGCCGUCCUGCAUUUCGGCUACAUGGUCACAUUCCAGAGCUGGUUCUUCAUCCCCUUCAUCCUCGGCUGCAUUGGCGAAGCAGGAGGCUACUACGGCCGCGCAUGGGCGCACCAAAACAUCCGCAACGGCACCCCCUACCUCAUCCAAAUGAUGCUGAUCCUCGGCUCCGCGCCCCUCCUCGCAGCAACCGUCUACAUGACCCUCGGGCGCUUCGCGACCGCCCUGGACGCCCGACAACACUCGCUCCUCGGCCCAAAGAAGACCACAACGCUCUUCGUCGUCAUAGACAUCGCCAGCUUCGUCUGCCAGAUGUGGGGGUCCGCGGCGCAGGCCAGUGGUCCCGAGGGCGCGGCGCAGGGGAUGAAGAUUGUGCUUGGGGGGUUGGGGGUGCAGCUUGUCGCUCUGUUGUGUUUCGUGGGGAUGGUGGCGGUGUUGCAUGUGAGGUUGAAUAGGGAGCCGACAUCUGCGUCGAGAAGGGCGCAUAUACGGUGGAGGAAGUACGUGUGGGGGUUGUAUGCGGUCAGUGUUUUGUUUCUGGCGAGGAAUGUGUUUAGGUUUGUGGAGUUUGCGGAGGGGGCGGACGGGUCGAUUGUGAGGACUGAGGCGUUGAUGUAUGUUUUUGAUGCCAGUUUGCUGUUUGCGGGGACGGUGGUGUUUUUGGUGGUGCAUCCGGGGAUGCUGAUUAGGGGAUUGAGGAAGGCGGGGGUGGGGAUGAUGGAGGAUGAGGAGGAUAAGGAUGGGGUUUUGUUGGGUGGGUAUAGGAGAUGA